CAUAUCUUGUGUCUCCUCACUACCUCUAUCCUCCUUCGUUCAAUCUUCAAUUCAAGCACACAAUCCAUCGGCGCGGGCACCUGACCCUACGUCUUUUAGUGCAAGCCCGCAUUUUUCUACCUGCAACUGGAAGUCCAGUCGGUCCAGAGACACCUGUGGCAGGCCAACCCAUCGCAAGUCAACCCGUCCACAAUGAUGACUGUUCGUGUCGGGGUCCCACUGCGGCGUGCAGCCGUAAGCUCUCCUGUCGUAUCUCAAGCGAGCAAAGUGCGCUGCGUGGAACAUUUGUUCCAACCACGACCAUUGCAAAAGCUGAGCACCUCCCCACUUCGCUCGAUCGUACCCAGCUCUACCUCCACCACCUCUGCUUCCAUCGUGAAGCACGCAUCAGGCACAGAUACCCCAGUCGGUACUCAACCACCAACACCACCUGCAGAGGCGCAGGUACCCGCGCAUUCCGAUGCUCAGUUCCAGAUCCCGAUCAUCGACUUUGCCAACUUCUUGCAACCGCAGAAUAUCCUCGACAAGGUCCAGGUCGCGGAUCAGUUGACUCAGGCUUUCAAGGCAAGUGGCUUCGUCUAUCUCAAAGGUCAUGGUAUCUCUUCCGGGCAGAUUGCGAAGACAUUCAAAGCGUCUGUUGACUUCUUCAAGUUGCCGCUCGAUGUUAAGAACAGUCUUGCUUGGAAAGAUCCAAGAGCGAACAGAGGCUACGUCGCCGAAGGUCGAGAGCGCGUGACGCAAGCCACAUCAGCCGAGGAGAUCGCCGCCUUGCGUGCCCAGACGCCCGAUUGCAAGGAGAGCAUGGAAAUCGGUAAGGAGGAUGACCCAGUCUGGCGCAACGAGUGGCCGCAGGAGGCCGCUUUACCCGGAUAUCGACGUACAAUGCUCGAUUUCCGUCAUACAGCCCACGAGCUGCAUCUGCAAAUCAUGCGUGCGCUGGCGAUCGGCCUGGGGCUGUCGGAAAGCUUUUUCGACGACAAGUGUAACGAAGAGUGGCACACGCUCCGUCUGCUGCACUAUCCUUCUGUCCCUGCAAAAGCGCUGGAAGGGGGUGGCAGCAGAGCGGGCGAUCACAGCGACUACGGCUCCAUCACGCUGCUGUUUCAAGACAAGGUUGGCGGCCUGGAGGUACAGAACCCGAAUACCGGCACCUACAUCCCUGCCAAACCUAUCGACGAUACGAUUGUCAUCAAUGUAGGCGAUCUCCUUGCUCGAUGGUCAAAUGACACGCUCCGCUCCACUCUGCACCGCGUUGUCGCUCCGCAUGCGCAGUCAUCGACCAGCAUGACGCCGACGCGCUACUCGAUCGCAUAUUUCUGCAAUCCCAAUGAGCACCAGCUGGUUGAGUGCCUGCCGACGUGCUUUGAUGAGAAGAGGCCAAAGCGGUAUGAUGCCGUCACUUCUGGAGACUACCUCGAAAAGAGACUGGCUGAGACAUACAGCUGAUGUAUCCCCAGAGAGUGCUAGUGCGAUCCUCGCAAUGAUAGUACUUUCGGGGAUAGCAUGAGAAGCUGAGAAAUGUGCAUUGGAUCUGGAUCAGCCCGCGACGCUUUUCAUUGCGAUCGUAGAGACCACCAAUUCCUCUAGCGCCGAGUCUGAACCCUUGACUUCGGCCCCGAGGCUAGUGUUGCUCAGUUUGUAUGCCUUUCGUAUCUUGUCGACAUCGGUAUUCGCCGAUAGACUUUGCACAAGACCUUGCGUAUCGGGCUUCUGUUGUGCGAGGGAUACCAUCUGCUCGAGUAAGGACUUCUUGAAUGUA